AUGAUACAGUUCCCUGAGCAUUCCGAUGUGUGCAUUGCAACGGUUGUCGCGAGUCGCGAGUCCCCGUCACACCAAUCGUGGAACCGUGGAAUUCGGCAAGCAAGCAGGAUAUGGUAUGGCAUCCCGACAUGGAACAUAGGUUCUUCCACGAACGGCCUUUUAACAUUGUCCUCGAAAGCCCUAUUUGCUGCCUCAUCUAUCAUACCAUCCAAGGUUACGAAACCCCAUUUGUAUCCGAGGCAAGCAAAACCGCGCAUCAUGUUUCCGAUCGUGAGAUGGGUGGGAAAGUUAUACGUUAUUCGUUCAAUUCAAUUCCGUUUAUAUCCGUUCCGGAUCCCUUUGGGCCGGGAGGGAUCGAUGGAUCCCGCUCUAUCUGCCAGUCUGAGCGAAGGGCAACUUGCUGUAAGGCUUAGGUUUGGGUCGAUUCCGGAUCGACGCGAGCAGUCAGUUUCACUCAUUUCUGGGGACGGCAUCCGUGAGCCCUAA